AUGGCAAGCCCAAAACCAAAAAAAGAGAAGGAGGUUGGAACUGCACCAGCAACAGAACCAAAAAAAGAGAAGGAGGCUGGAACUGCACCAGCAACAGAACCAAAAAAAGAGAAGGAGGCUGGAACUGCACCAGCAAAAGAACCAAAAAAAGAGAAGGAGGCCGGAACUGCACCAGCAAAAGAUGAAGAGGAAGCCACCCCGCCUAGUGCCCUGCCUCCAGGUUUGGGUAGUCGGGCCCUGGAAAGAAAGGAUUCAGAGUGGUCUAUCGGUGAACCACCUGCAGGGGAGGAUCAAGACAAGCAGCAGAGUGCCAACUCUCAGCUGUCCACCCUGCUUGUGGAAAAGCCUCAGUCCGGAACCGUGAAAGUUGGUGAAAAUAUCACCUUUAUAGCCAAAGUCAAGGCGGAAGAUCUUCUCAAAAAGCCUACUAUCAAAUGGUUCAAAGGGAAAUGGAUGGACCUGGCCAGCAAAGCUGGGAAGCACCUCCAGCUGAAGGAGACCUUCGAAAGGCAUAGUCGGGUGUACACAUUCGAGAUGCAGAUCAUCCAGGCCAAAGAGAACUUUGCAGGAAACUACAGAUGCGAGGUCACCUACAAGGAUAAGUUUGACAGCUGUUCAUUCGAUCUUGAAGUACUCGAAUCUACUGGGACUACUCCAAACAUUGACAUCAGAUCUGCUUUCAAGAGAAGUGGAGAAGGUCAAGACGAUGCAGGGGAACUUGACUUUAGUGGUCUCCUGAAACGUAGGGAGGUGAAGCAGCAAGAGGAACAACCUGAGGUAGACGUGUGGGAGCUGCUGAAGAAUGCGAAGCCCAGCGAAUACGAGAAGAUCGCCUUCCAGUACGGCAUCACUGACCUGCGCGGGAUGCUCAAGCGGCUCAAGCGCAUGCGCAGAGUGGAAAAGAAGAGCGCGGCUUUUGCAAGAAUUCUUGAUCCUGCAUAUCAGAUUGAUAAAGGAGGCAGGGUAAGAUUUGUUGUGGAACUGGCAGAUCCAAAACUGGAGGUGAAAUGGUAUAAAAAUGGUCAAGAAAUUCGACCCAGUACGAAAUACAUCUUUGAACAUAAAGGAUGUGAAAGAAUCAUGUUCAUCAAUAACUGUUCACUAACAGAUGAUGCAGAGUAUUAUGUGACAGCUGGUGAUGAGAAGUGUUCCACUGAGCUCUUUGUGAGAGAGCCUCCAGUUAUGGUGACCAAACAGCUGGAAGAUACGAAGGCUUAUUGUGGGGAGAGAGUGGAAUUAGAAUGUGAGGUGUCUGAAGAUGAUGCCAAUGUAAAAUGGUUUAAGAAUGGUGAGGAAAUCAUCCCUGGUCCACGAUCAAGAUACUUUAUUAAAGUUGAGGGCAAAAAACACAUUUUGGUCAUAGAAGGAGCAACAAAGGCUGAUACUGCAGAAUAUUCUGUAAUGACAACUGGAGGACAGUCAUCUGCUAAGCUCAGUGUUGACUUAAAACCUCUGAAGGUAUUGACACCUCUGACUGAUCAGACUGUAAAUCUUGGAAAAGAAAUCUGCUUGAAGUGUGAAAUCUCUGAAAAUAUAUCAGGAAAAUGGACUAAAAAUGGCCUACCUGUUCAGGAGACUGACCGUCUAAAAGUUGUUCACAAAGGAAGAAUCCACAAAUUAGUGAUAGCCAAUGCUCUCAUUGAGGAUGAAGGUGAUUAUGUAUUUACACCAGAUUCCUACAAUAUUACUGUGCCUGCCAAAGUUCAUGUUGUUGAUCCUCCUAAGAUCAUCCUGGAUGGUCUCGAUGCUGACAAUACAGUGACAGUAAUUGCAGGAAGCAAGCUUCGUCUAGAGAUUCCCAUCUCUGGAGAACCACCUCCUAAAGCUCUUUGGAGUCGAUCAGAUAAGGCUAUCAUGGAGGGCAGUGGCCGAAUAAGAGCAGAAUCCUACCCUGACAGCAGCACUCUGGUUAUUGACGUAGCAGAAAGAGACGACUCUGGUGUUUACAACAUCAGUCUGAAAAAUGAAGCUGGGGAAGCACAUGCAAGCAUCAAGAUUAAAGUUGUGGACAUCCCUGAUCCUCCAGUGGCACCGAGUGUGACAGAUGUGGGAGAUGACUGGUGCAUCAUGAACUGGGAGCCUCCUGUCUACGAUGGCGGGUCCCCAAUCUUAGGAUACUUCAUUGAGAGGAAAAAGAAACAAAGCUCCAGAUGGAUGAGGCUGAAUUUUGAUCUCUGCAAAGAAACCACCUUUGAGCCCAAGAAGAUGAUUGAAGGUGUGGCCUACGAGGUCCGCAUCUUUGCUGUCAAUGCCGUUGGCAUCUCCAAGCCCAGUAUGCCCUCCAAGCCUUUUGUUCCAUUGGCUGUAACCAGCCCUCCUACUCUUCUGACUGUUGACUCUGUAACUGACACCACUGUCACAAUGAAGUGGCGACCCCCAGACCACAUCGGUGCAGCAGGUUUAGAUGGCUAUGUGCUAGAGUAUUGCUUUGAAGGAAGUUUAAAAAGUACAUCAGCAAAACAGUCUGAUGAAAAUGGGGAGGCUGCAUAUGAUCUACCAGCUGAUGACUGGAUAGUGGCAAACACAGAACUGAUCGACAAGACCAAGUUCACCAUCACAGGUCUGCCAACGGACUCAAGGAUCUUUGUGCGUGUGAAGGCUGUGAAUGCCGCUGGCGCCAGCGAGCCCAAGUACUACUCGCAGCCCAUCCUCGUGAAGGAAAUCAUAGAGGCUCCAAAGAUUCGCAUCCCAAGGCACCUGAAGCAAACCUAUAUCCGCAGAGUUGGAGAAGCCAUCAAUCUGGUCAUACCUUUCCAGGGAAAACCAAGACCAGAAUUAACUUGGGGUUGGUUGGAUACAUACCUAUCCAGAUCGGACCGUCCAGGUCCACCCCAAGUUGUGAAGAUUGAUGAUGUCUGGGGAGAGAACGUUGCUCUAUCAUGGACACCACCAAGGGAUGAUGGAAACGCUGCCAUUACAGGGUACACGAUCCAGAAGGCUGACAAGAAGAGCAUGGAGUGGUUCACUGUCAUUGAGCAUUAUCACCGAACUAAUGCCACCAUCUCCGAACUGGUCAUAGGAAACGAAUAUUACUUUCGGGUCUUUUCUGAAAACAUGUGCGGCCUCAGUGAGGAUGCCACGAUGACUAAAGAGAGCGCCGUGAUUGCCAAGGAUGGUAAAAUCUACAAAAACCCAGUGUAUGAAGACUUUGAUUUCACAGAGGCACCCAUGUUUACUCAGCCUUUGGUCAACACCUACGCUGUAGCUGGUUACAAUGCCACCCUGAACUGCAGCGUGAGAGGAAAUCCUAAGCCCAAAAUUACCUGGAUGAAAAACAAGGUUGCUAUUGUGGAUGACCCAAGGUACAGGAUGUUCAGCAACCAAGGGGUCUGUACUUUGGAGAUUCGCAAGCCCAGCCCCUAUGAUGGAGGCACUUACUGCUGCAAAGCAGUCAACAACCUUGGGACAGUGGAGAUUGAAUGCAAACUGGAAGUGAAAGUGAUAUAUCAAGGAGUAAAUACCCCUGGACAACCAGUCUUCCUGGAGGGGCAGCAACAGUUGUAGCACAGUAAGGAUUUUUGAAUGUGUAUUAUCAUCUAAGGUGGUCUUUCCUUCUGCAGGCUCCUCUUGCAAGGUGUGCCUCCUAACAUAAUUGAUUCGUAUUUGCGAGACUUGCAAUCAAGCAAUCCCGAGGAAUAAGGGCCCAGGCACUGCCUCUGCACUCUACUGCUUUGAAAUCUGGUUGCCAUGAGAAAGCAUUUUCUGUGUUUCCACCAGGCUCCCAAGUGUGAUCGCUUUCUUUCCUUCUAAUGUUGAAGAAAAAAAAAUGUUUGCACGGAUUGCUUAAUUAAAAAUUGCAAACAAAAUCUCAUUUGAAGUUA